AUGCAAGCAGAGGCCGAGCGGCUUUUCAAAGAGGAGGAAGCGAGAGUGGCGAAAGAGGCAGCUUUCGCAGAGGAGGCUGCAAGGCAAGCAGAGGCCGAGCGGCUGCGCAAGGAGGAGGAAGAGAGAGUGGCAAAGGAGACAGCUUUGGCAGAGGAGGCUGCAAGGCAAGCCGAGGCCGAGCGGCUGCGCAAGGCGGAGGAAGCGAGACUGGCAAAGGAGAAGGCGUUGGCCGAAGAGGCCGCGAGGCAAGCAGAGGCCGAGCGGCUGCGCAAUGAGGAGGAAGAGAGAGUGGCAAAGGAGACAGCUUUGGCAGAGGAGGCCACGCGGCAAGCAGAGGCCGAGCGGCUGCGCAAGGCGGAGGAAGAGAGAGUGGCAAAGGAGAAGGCGUUGGCCGAAGAGGCCGCGAAGCAAGCAGAGGCCGAGCGGAUGGCAGCAGAGCGUGCUGCCGCGAAAGAGGCCGCGCAAGCAGCCACUCAGCAUAUUCUACAAUUGGCAUCAGCAAAUGCUCGUGCACAUCUCCUAGCUGAAGCGGCCCGAGCCGCAGAAGCCGCACGCCGUGAGGAGGAGCAGAGAAGGGCAGCCGAGCGCAACUUGGCAAGAGAAGCUGCACAUAGCUCUUGCAGCCAAGUCGUGGAAGUCGCCAGACAGGCAGCAGACAAGCGCUUGCAGACCGAGGCGGAAGCAUCUCGCCAGCGCGAGGCUGAACGCUUGGCCAGAGAAGAAGCUUUGGCAGCAGAAGCAGCACGCAAAGCAGAAGCCGAGAGGCAUGCAGCCGAGCGCGCUGUGGCCGCGGAAGCAUCGCAGAUUGCUUGUGAGCGAAUCCUGGAUGUGAGUCUGUCCAAUGCCUCUGCGCAUCUGCGUGCAGAAGCCGCGGCAGCUGCGGAGGUUGCACGGCAAGUGGAGGAAGAGAGAGUGGCGAAGGAGGCAGCUUUGGCAGAGGAGGCUGCAAGGCAAGCAGAGGCCGAGCGGCUGCGCAAGGAGGAGGAAGAGAGAGUGGCAAAGGAGACAGCUUUGGCAGAGGAGGCCACGAGGCAAGCAGAGGCCGAGCGGCUGCGCAAGGCGGAGGAAGAGAGAGUGGCAAAGGAGAAGGCGUUGGCCGAAGGGGCCGCGAAGCAAGCAGAGGCCGAGCGGAUGGCAGCAGAGCGUGCUGCCGCGAAAGAGGCCGCGCAAGCAGCCACUCAGCAUAUUCUACAAUUGGCAUCAGCAAAUGCUCGUGCACAUCUCCUAGCUGAAGCGGCCCGCACCGCAGAAGCCGCACGCCGUGAGGAGGAGCAGAGAAGGGCAGCCGAGCGCAACUUGGCAAGAGAAGCUGCACAUAGCUCUUGCAGCCAAGUCGUGGAAGUCGCCAGACAGGCAGCAGACAAGCGCUUGCAGACCGAGGCGGAAGCAUCUCGCCAGCGCGAGGCUGAACGCUUGGCCAGAGAAGCAGCUUUGGCAGCAGAAGCAGCACGCAAAGCAGAAGCCGAGAGGCAUGCAGCCGAGCGCGCUAUGGCCGCUGAAGCAUCGCGCAUUGCUUGUGAGCGGAUCCUGGAUGUGAGUCUGUCCAAUGCCUCUGUGCAUCUGCGAGCGGAAGCCGCGGCAGCUGCGGAGGUUGCACGGCAAGCGGAGGAAGAGAGAGUGGCGAAGGAGGCAGCUUUGGCAGAGGAGGCUGCAAGGCAAGCAGAGGCCGAGCGGCUGCGCAAGGAGGAGGAGGCAGAGAGAGUGGCAAAGGAGACAGCUUUGGCAGAGGAGGCCACGCGGCAAGCAGAGGCCGAGCGGCUGCGCAGGGCGGAUGAAGAGAGGCUGGCAAAGGAGAAGGCGUUGGCCGAAGGGGCCGCGAGGCAAGCAGAGGCCGAGCGGAUGGCAGCAGAGUGUGCUGCCGCGAAAGAGGCCGCGCAAGCAGCCACUCAGCACAUUCUACAUUUGGCAUCAGCAAAUGCUCGUGCACAUCUCCAAGCUGAUGCGGCCCGAGCCGCAGAAGCCGCACGCCGCGAGGAGGAGCAGAGAAGGGAAGCCGAGCGCAACUUGGCAAGAGAAGCUGCUAAUAGCUCUUGCAGCCAAGUCGUGGAAGUCGCCAGACAGGCAGCAGACAAGCGCUUGCAGACCGAGGCGGAAGCAUCUCGCCAGCGCGAGGCUGAACGCUUGGCCAGAGAAGCAGCUUUGGCAGCAGAAGCAGCACGCAAAGCAGAAGCCGAGAGGCAUGCAGCCGAGCGCGCUAUGGCCGCUGAAGCAUCGCGCAUUGCUUGUGAGCGGAUCCUGGAUGUGAGUCUGUCCAAUGCCUCUGUGCAUCUGCGAGCGGAAGCCGCGGCAGCUGCGGAGGUUGCACGGCAAGUGGAGGAAGAGAGAGUGGCAGAGGAGAAGGCUUUGGCCGAAGAGGCUGCGAAGCAAGCAGUGGCCGAGCGGCUGCGCAAGGAGGAGGAAGACAGAGUUGCACAGGAGAAAGCUUUGGCAGAGGAGGCCGCGAGGCAAGCAGAGGCCUUGCGGCUGCGCAAGGAGGAAGAGAGAGUGGCACGCGAAAAAGCUGAGGCGGCGAGGCAAGCAGAGGCCCAGCAGCUGCAAGAGACGGUGUUGUACGAGGUCGCGAAAGCAGCUGCAGCCGAACUCUUCGAAGUCACCACUAAGAGAUCGAAGGAAGCAGCACAACAAGCGGCGAGAGAAGCAGAAGAAGCUGCAAGACAGAAGGCCAAUCGUCUUCGCGAAGAGGAAGAAAAGAGAGCAGCCUGCGAGAAAGCUGAGGCUGCAAGGCAAGCAGAGGCCGAGCGGCUGCGAAAAGAGGAGGAAGACAGAGUGGCGAAGGAGACAGCUUUGGCAGAGGAGGCUGCAAGGCAAGCAGAGGCCGAGCGGCUGCGAAAGCAGGAGGAAGAUAGAGUGGCGAAGGAGACAGCUUUGGCAGAGGAGGCUGCAAGGCAAGCAGAGGCCGAGCGGCUGCGCAAGCAGGAGGAAGAGAGAGUGGCAAAGGAGACAGCUUUGGCAGAGGAGACUGCAAGGCAAGUGGAGGCCGAGCGGCUGCGCAAGGAGGAGGAAGAGAGAGUGGCAAAGGAGACAGCUUUGGCGCAGGAGGCCACGAGGCAAGCAGAGGCCGAGCGGCUGCACAAGGCGGAGGAAGAGAGGCUGGCAAAGGAGAAGGCGUUGGCCGAAGAGGCCGCGAGGCAAGCAGAGGCCGAGCGGAUGGCAGCAGAGCGUGCUGCCGCGAAAGAGGCCGCGCAAGCAGCCACUCAGCACAUUCUACAUUUGGCAUCAGCAAAUGCUCGUGCACAUCUCCAAGCUGAUGCGGCCCGAGCCGCAGAAGCCGCACGCCGUGAGGAGGAGCAGAGAAGGGAAGCCGAGCGCAACUUGGCAAGAGAAGCUGCUAAUAGCUCUUGCAGCCAAGUCGUGGAAGUCGCCAGACAGGCAGCAGACAAGCGCUUGCAGACCGAGGCGGAAGCAUCUCGCCAGCGCGAGGCUGAACGCUUGGCCAGAGAAGCAGCUUUGGCAGCAGAAGCAGCACGCAAAGCAGAAGCCGAGAGGCAUGCAGCCGAGCGCGCUGUGGCCGCUGAAGCAUCGCACAUUGCUUGUGAGCGGAUCCUGGAUGUGAGUCUGUCCAAUGCCUCUGUGCAUCUGCGAGCAGAAGCCGCGGCAGCUGCAGAAGUUGAACGCCAAGUGGAGGAAGAGAGAGUGGCAAAGGAGAAGGCUUUGGCCGAAGAGGCCGCGAAGCAAGCAGAGGCCGAGCGGCUGCGCAAGGAGGAGGAAGACAGAGUUGCACAGGAGACAGCUUUGGCAGAGGAGGCCACGAGGCAAGCAGAGGCCGAGCGGCUGCGCAAUGAGGAGGAAGCGAGAGUGGCAAAGGAGAAGGCCUUGGCAGAACAAGCUGCCCGUCAAAAGGAGGACGUUACGAGCCGUAUCGGUCUGGCGAAGCAGGAGGAGCUUAAGGAUGCAAGCCUGGACACGACGGAUUUGGCGGCCGAUGAGGCUCUCCAAAAGGCGCCCUUGGACCUGACCCUCACAGGCACCACGAUGGACGCCACCUUGCCGGGGGUGCUAGAGCUCGAUACGGCCGAAAUCCGGGAGGUGGACCUUUCCGGCCCAGAAACGCCCAGCGACAAGCUCCGAAAAGCAGUGGAAGCCGGCUCGGCCGGUGAGCUGGCCUCGGCGAUCAAGUCUGCCUUGGCUGCAGAGGUCGAGGCCGAGGAGGUGUGGUAUGCCCAGGUAGUGCAGAGACGUCGCUCCAUCGUUGAGAAGCUGCAGCGUGCGUUGCACAGCGCCGACGACCCGCUGGCGAGCAGAGUCGCAGGGGAGACCGUGCUGCUCGAAGUGAUGAGAACAUCUGCAGCCUGGAAGUCCCAGGAUCUCGCGAAGGCGUGGCGAGAAAUCGAGACCUGGCAGACCAGCAUGCUCAAGGGCCUCCUCAACAAGGCCAGUAUCUCGCCCAAGGAUGCUCUGAAGGAGCUUCAGCAAGCUCUGAAGGCCAUCCGGAAGGAUCCUCUGUCGAGCGGCUAA